CGAAUAACAAUUGAAACUCAAUCCUAAUCCCAAUCUCAAUCCCAAUCCCUCGAAAUAAUACGUGUAUUCGAUAAUAUCAAAUAUAGAUAAAUUCGGUACAGUAUUCGGUAUAUCCCAAAUACCGGUACCAAAUUUCCGGCCCUAAUCACCAGCCACCUAAAAUAAUCUCCACAUGAUUAUUUGUGGGCUUUCCCCUUGUCAUUCCGGUACAGACCAAUGUAAAUUGUUUUAUCGUUGAUUGGAUCACAAGUAGGAAAUUGUUCUUAAAACAAUACGGGUAUUUAGAACUACAGGCCCAAUGGGCCAGAUCACGGGCGGCCCAACUCCGAUUGUCCUAACAUGUCCAGUCAGUCCAGCUCACAGACACGUCAACGUUGAAAAAUCAACGUGACCCCAGCACUCGCCUAGCUCCAGUGGACCCCACCACUUUCCCACCAAAACAAGAAUAAAUUUUUUUUUUAAGAAAAGGAAUAAAACUUAAAAACUCUCUUCCGAUUCGUCAAAUAACGCCUGCCAUUUCCUCCGUCUUCCUCCUCAAUUUCGCAGAAGGGGAAUUCCAAUUGGAAACUCCGGGACGGCGACCGCCACGAGGAAGAGGAACUGCCACCCUCGACCGGCGUCGGCGGCGACUACGACGACGAUGGUUGCGGUGGCGCUGAACCAGAUGUUGGCUGUGGUGGCUUCCCCAGCUUUGACUGCUGCUCCGUGGAGGAGCUGCUUCGCUCUGAUUUUCCCACUCCUUUUCGUCGCAUCCUUCACCCUGGCUGCCGCCGCUGGCGGCGUCCCGGGAGCCGGAAACGGAGUUUUCAGCGUCAAAUACCGGUACGCCGGUAUGCAGCGCACUCUCAGUGACCUCAAAGCUCACGACGUUCGCCGCCAGCUCCAAAUUCUCGCCGGCGUCGAUCUUCCGCUCGGUGGCACCGGCCGCCCCAACGGCGUCGGGCUUUACUAUGCCAAGAUUGGAAUUGGGACGCCUUCGAACGAUUACUAUGUGCAAGUGGAUACAGGAAGUGAUAUCAUGUGGGUCAACUGUAUUCAGUGCAAAGAGUGUCCUAAAACAAGCUCACUUGGUAUAGAUCUUACUCUGUAUGAUAUAAAUGAGUCGGCUUCUGGGACCUUGGUUACUUGUGAUCAAGAGUUUUGCUCGGAGGUUAAUGGCGGCCCAUUGUCAGGAUGCACAGCAAACGUGACCUGUCCAUAUUUAGAGAUAUAUGGGGAUGGAAGCUCUACUGCAGGCUACUUUGUUAAGGAUGCUGUGCAAUAUGACAGAGUUUCUGGAGACCUUGAAACUGCCUCAGCAAAUGGAAGCGUGAUCUUUGGAUGUGGUGCUAGACAAUCAGGGGAUCUGGGCUCUUCUACUGAAGCAGCACUUGAUGGGAUACUUGGAUUUGGAAAAGCCAAUUCAUCAAUGAUUUCUCAGUUGGCCGCUACCGGAAGAGUGAAAAAGAUAUUUGCUCACUGCUUGGAUGGUGAAAACGGGGGUGGUAUAUUUGCUAUUGGGCAUGUUGUGGAGCCAAGGGUUAAUAUGACACCAAUCAUACAAGACCAGCUCCAUUACAAUGUCAAUAUGACGGCAGUUCAAGUUGGUCACGAUAUGCUACAUCUUCCGGCAGAAGUAUUUGAUGCUGGGGACAAAAAGGGAGCAAUCAUUGAUAGUGGUACAACACUGGCCUACCUCCCAGAAAUGGUUUAUAAGCCUUUAGUAACUAAGAUAAUAUCUGAGCAACCUAAUCUAAGGGUUCAAACUGUCCACGAUGAAUAUACAUGUUUUCAGUAUUCUGGAAGUUUGGAUGAUGCAUUUCCAAAUGUGACUUUCCAUUUUGAAAAUUCACUCUUACUGAGGGUUUAUCCACACGAAUAUCUAUUCCCAUUUGAGGGUUACUGGUGUCUUGGUUGGCAAAACAGUGGACUGCAAUCAAGGGAUAGAAGGAACAUGACUUUGUUAGGAGAUUUAGUACUCUCAAAUAAAUUGGUUUUGUACGAUCUUGAAAAGCAAGCCAUUGGAUGGACAGAGUAUAACUGUUCAUCGACCAUCACCGUGCAGGAUGAGAAGACCGGAACAGUACAUUUAGUGGGAUCCCACACUAUUCCAUCCUCUGCGUCCAGUUUCAGCGCAGAAUGGGCCGUAGUACUCUUGUUGCUAAGUACAUUGCUACUAUAGCGAGUUUCCUUUAGUACUGCAGCAACCUACACGAAACAGUGCAAGAUAAAGAAAAACUUUCUACUGAAGAGGAGAUGAUGAGUAGAUGAUUGAUAGAAGAUAGUGUUUUUCUCCCCACACAUUGGCUUUGGGUAAAUAUUUUGCUCGUCCAAAGUGAGUUGUGGGGGGCCUUUUAUAGAGAGAGCUUACUACAGCUAGGCUUUGGUAAUUGGUGUAAAUAGACUCAGGUUUGAUCACAUUGGCCUAGGAGGUCCUUCUGAUGAACGCGAUAUCAGAUCAUUUGUAUGUAGCUGGUUGAUGCUUGAUAGAUAAAUAGAUUUCCUUUUUCCUCCCCCUCAUCUGCAUCUUUGCCUUGGCAUCAUUCUGCAUACAGGUAACUUCGGUAUGCCCGACCCAGUUGACAUGGGUUGGAUUGGAUAUGAGUAUCUCGAAAUCGUUCGUGGUAACGAUCCAUAUACAGUGCUUCAAUUUGGUUCCGUUUAACGGUCUAUUCGUGGAAAUGUGAGUACCAAUAUCAUCAUUUGACUUCGAUGUGAAUUCUGAUCCAGGCAGUUGUUCACAACUUCCCUUCCCUGACCUACCUCUCUUUGCUGCCGUUAACUGAAGGCCCGUUGUUCCCUCGAAAUUGAAACUAAAUGCAGUCAGCAAAU